AUGGAAUCUUCCCUACCUGAACAGCUGUUUCUCGAUCUCCCCGUUACAGAAGUCAUCAAUAAAACGGCGAGAAUACGAAUGAUUGAACCAUGGGCAUCUCGCUACUGCACAGCGAUUUCUGAUAAGCGUUAUGGAGAUGCAAUCUACGCGCGAUACCAUAUAGAUGGACGAGCCAAGGACGGUAUAUACACAGAUCUACGCGACAAUGGCGAUGGACCAUAUGCAUUACACGAAACCAGUGUUUACGAAAUGAUUAUGGAAGACGCUCGAGGAUAUGCACAAGACUCCCCUGAAAUUUAUCGCGAUGCACUACUUUUCUACGGCAAAUCAAGUCCAAAUGACAAUCGACGAGAUAUCAUUGAAGGGCUAUUCAAGCUAGGAUCAGAGGAUUCUUGUGUUCCCCAUGGUGUAUAUCUGGUAUAA